AGAGUGCAGGGGCAGGAUCCGGCCGGGGCCGGGGGUGGAUGGGGUAGCGCUCCCGGGUGCUGUAGCUGUUGCCCGUGGGUCGGCCCACCUCGCCGGUUGCGGACACCAGAACGUGGGAUCCGCCUCGGCGCUAGCCUGCUGGGGUUUACUGGUUGUUAAGUAGACUUCAAAGCGGUGUGGCAUCGCUCCACCAGUUCCUUCCUUCCUUCCUUCUUGAGAAAGGGUAGCUGCUUUCUGAGCCAUCACAUACCAACUUCAUGUAUUCCUAAGCUUGUCAUCAGCUUCUUAGGGUUUCUUCUAAGACCUUGCUGAGAUUUAAUUACUUAAAAGGUGUAGUGGUUAUAAAGUAAUUUAAAAUGUUUGUAUUACUCAGUUUUAACUCUCUAAUUGUCUCUUGCAUUAAGAAACAUUGUUUUAUCUUGGGAAUGGUUAAGUGGCCAAAAAGUUCUAUUAUUUACGCAUAAGGGCUAUUUUAUUUGACUGCUGUUGGCCUGCAACUUAAACUUGCAUCUUUUAUUUUUUUUAUCCUAUGCUUUUUCUGUGUUAUGGCUGCUGCAACUAUAGUUCAUGAUACAUCAGAAGCUGUAGAGCUCUGUGCUCCCUGUGGGUUAUACCUUAAACCCAUUACAAAAAUGACCAUCAGUGUGGCACUUCCUCAGCUGAAACAACCAGGAAAAUCCAUUUCAAACUGGGAAGUGAUGGAAAGAUUGAAAGGGAUGGUGCAAGCUCAUCAGUUUUCCACUCUGCGGAUUUCUAAAAGCACGAUGGAUUUCAUCCGGUUUGAAGGAGAGGUUGAAAACAAAAGUUUAGUUAAGUCUUUUCUGGCAUGCCUUGAUGGCAAAACAAUAAAGCUCAGCGGCUUCUCAGAUAUUUUGAAAGUCCGUGCUGCAGAAUAUAAGAUUGACUUUCCAACCAGACACGACUGGGACUCAUUUUUCCGUGAUGCAAAAGAUAUGAACGAAACAUUGCCAGGGGAAAGGCCAGAUACUAUUCACUUAGAGGGCUUACCUUGUAAGUGGUUUGCAGCAAAGGACUCCGGCUCGGAAAAGCCAAGUGAGGAAGUACUUAUAAAAGUUUUCAAGAGUUUUGGAGAGAUACGUAACGUGGACAUACCCAUGUUGGACCCUUACAGAGAAGAAAUGACUGGCAGAAAUUUUCACACGUUCAGUUUUGGAGGCCAUUUAAAUUUUGAAGCUUAUGUUCAAUAUCAAGAAUAUGCUGGUUUCAUUAAGGCCAUGAAUGCCCUGCGAGGGAUGAAGCUGAUGUAUAAAGGCGAUGAUGGCAAAGCAGUGGCUUGCAAUAUAAAGGUUUCAUUUGACUCGACAAAACACCUUAGUGAUGCAUCAAUAAAAAAGCGUCAGCUCGAAAGGCAAAAGCUUCAAGAGCUUGAAAAACAGAGAGAAGAACAAAAACGUAGAGAGAAAGAAGCUGAGGAAAAACAAAAAGAGGAAGAAAGGAAGCAGAAAGAGCUUGAAGAAUAUGAGCGAGAGAGAAAAAGAGAAGAAAAGUUGCGUAAGAGAGAACAGAAACAGAAAGAUCGUGAAGUUCGACGAAAUAAAAAGCAGCUCGAAAAGCUUCAAGCUGAAGAACAGAAAAAACUGCAAGAGAAGAUAAAGUUAGAAGAAAGGAAGCUCCUGUUAGCUCAAAGAAAUCUUCAGUCCAUUAGACUAAUUGCAGAACUGCUAAGCAGGGCAAAGACAGUAAAGCUUUUGGAGCAAGAACAUAAUGAAGAAAAGAUUCGUCUUCAGCAGUUAGAGGAGAGGCGAAGGCUUCAAGAGGCUGAGCUCAAACGUGUGGAAGAGGAAAAAGAGAGAGCACUGGGGUUGCAGAGAAAAGAAAAGGAACUGAGGGAGAAGCUGCUGAACAAUCUUCUGAGCAAGAAAAUGGAUGCAGUUAACCAAAACAAAGAAGAAACCGAAACAUCUCAGUCUGACAUGCCAAAAAUUCCUAGUGGUGUUCCACACACUGUGUCAUCCAGCUGCAUCACUUCUACCUCAGGACAGGCUGUUGCAGGCAAACUGACUUCUGUCUCUCAGAGAGAAGUAGCAUCCCCUGAGAGUGUAAACACUCAGUGCAAGUACUUGAAUGGCAACAUUCAUGACAAAGUUCAUGUCAAAGAAGGUCAGAAACUUCAUACUACAAACACUGAGAGGUGUUCUGAAAAAAGUAGUUCAGGAGUACUUUCAUAUGUUCCCACCAGUAACCAGCAGCAGAAGAGCCUUUCUAGCUAUGACCAGAAUACCUACAGGAAGGACACACAUUGUGAGCAGGGCAAACGCAGCACAGAGCCAAGAAGAAGAAAGAGCCGAUCGGGUAGCAGCAUAAAUACUGAUGAGAGUAAGGGUAAACGAGAGAGGAGCAGACACAGAAGAGACAUGAGUUACCAGGAGGAAAAGCACAGGAAAGAAAGGAGGUAUUACAGACACUCUAGCAGAAGUUACAGUCCCCGGCGAAGCCGUAGUCCUCGUGGAAGGAGUAUAAGCCCCAGACGUUCACGGUACAGAAGAACUCAUAGUACUGAACGUAAACGAGACAGGAGAGAAAGAAGUCGUAGUCGCAGGAGCGUGAGCAGGAGACGAAGGCACCGGUGAAGAUCACCGAGUAAGCAAAGGAGUACUUGGAGUGGGUAGUGGAGGCCCUGGCUCCUUGUAAAGGCUGUGGUUGGACAAAAGGGCCAGAAAGUUGUGAACGAGACCUCGUCGGUGUGACUGCUGUAGAAAAUAUGUUUGUUUCAACCAAUGCUUAAGUUGCAUCUCUAGUCCCUGAAAUCAAGAUAUUAGAUGCCUGUUUUUUCUGACAUUCUUCAUGCUUGUCUCUUUCUGGGUUUAUACCACGGAGUAGAUACAAACACCUUGCUUGUGCUCAAGUUUCUACAGUGCUCAAGGCCAGCCUGUUUUCUUCAUAUUCUGAUUUCUAAACUGUAAUUUUAGUCGGUUUAGUUUUUAUCUCUUACCACCUAAUUUGGCUUGGGAAAUACGAGGGUACCACCUAUAGGAACUCCAGAUGGGACAAGCUAUUAUACACUGAUUUAAUUUAAAAUGCUUUCUGGUGCAUUCAAUGAAAUCAUAUUUAACAAAGCAGUUUUUUUUACUGGUUGAGAUGUAUAGCAAGACUUUGAUACAGUGUUUAAAACAAACUGUAAAGAUAUGCUCCAGUUCCUUCAUGUGUCUGUCUGAUGCCAGGCUUUGUAGCCCAAAUUAUUCUGGCAAGUAAUACGGUUUGUAUAGUAAUACUUUCCAUGUGGGAGAGGCACACUGAUGUAGAAAGCAAGGAACAGUGGUUAAAUGGCUGAAAAAUUGUUCUGCUAGUCUGUUGAUAUAUUUGGCUUUGUAAUAACUUCAGGUGGUAUACAGCCACUUAACAUUUUUUCAGGUUCAUACAGAGCUAGCCAUUGUCUUUUGAAUAAGGGGCCUUCUUGCUAAGUUAUUUUUACUCACGUUGUUGGAAACUAAGGCUGCAGUGUCUGUUGUUAAUUCCAUGUAAAAAUACUUUUGCUUCUGAAAUGCAGCUCAGGAAUAUUAAAAGCUAUAACAUUGCAGUGAAAGAGUUUAUUUUGCCUUUUUGUGGUAAAAUUAAAAAGAAAACUGUUUCCAGUGAACUGAAGUUGCUGUUUUCAUGUCUGAAUAUUAAAAUCUGCUGAAGUGUUGUACAAGAA